AGAAGAGGAGCGAGUGGCUCGACCGAGAGGGAGAGGAGCGAAGCGGGGAGACCCUCAUAAUGGACGAACGCGCGAAGCUAAGAAGACUGUAAAGGAGAGGGGCGGAAUCGAAUGAUUAUGAUCUCGACAAUGAGACAAAGCCAAGAGGGGAGAGCACUUAGACAAUUCACUUUGAGUACAGGGAAGUCUGCUGGUAGGAAUUCCUCAGGGCGUAUUACGGUUUUUCACCGAGGGGGUGGAUCGAAGCGAUUGCAGCGAAGAAUUGAUCUGAAACGAAGCACUUCGUCUAUGGGCAUUGUAGAAAGAAUAGAAUAUGACCCUAAUCGUUCUUCUCGGAUCGCUCCAGUACGAUGGAUCGAGGGGGUCCGCCAGAGGAAAUGCAAGACGAUAGAGGAGUUCGCUCCGCCGCGUAAGAUCCUCGAACCUACCACGACCACCAUUCACGGCCUAUUUUCGUUCUCUUCCACGCCCGGGAAGGUGGAUCAAAGAAAGGUAGCUUGCUUCUCUCCUGGACAGAUAGCGGCUUAUGUAGUGGUCGGCCUUCCUACCAGGAUUCCUCCUUGCUCGAAGAGCCCCUUUACUAGUAAGGGCGCAGGAAGCAAAAAAACUUGUGCUAAGGACGUUUUCUUCUCUGCCUUCUCCUCUCAAAAAACCAAGGGAGAGACUGCAUCCCUUUCCUUCGGUAGCCCUUUAGGUUUCCCAAGGAUAGUGGUAGCUGGGGCAAUGCCGGCUUUCUUCGCUCCGCGAAUGAGAGAGAAAGUCAGAGGAAUAAACACGUUCUCUCUUUGCGAGGUCUGAAAGUGGAGAACACAUAGCAUUCUCUGGGCACACAGGAUGAAACGUAAAGCAGCGCUUGAUUGGCAGAGUUUUAGGCGGCAAGAGACUGACGGGCUUGUUGGAGGUGCUGAGCAUAACGAAUCGAAACCAGAGACGGAUCCAGCUAGCUUGCCUGCCAAGCCGAUAGGCGAAGGGCCGAAGGAUGGAGCGUGCAAAGUCAAUCUCACACGGGAAGAGAGGUCAAAUGGCAAGAAGGCCAUACGCCCGUUUGGCUCCUCGCGGAGUAUAGCUCACAUCCAAAUCUAUCUGAUUGGGGAACGGGGCAACGCCCAUGAAGCUCCGGCGGAAAGGGAAGGCCUGCCAGGCCGUAUGCCCAUGGGUGCAGGAUUCUUCGAAAAAGCGCGGGCUGACUCGGAGACCUGGGACCUUGGCUUAGCAACGAAUGAAGGGGAGCUCAAAGAGCUUUCUCCCCCAGUGGCUUAUGUAGUGGUCGGACGGCAGAAAGCUCGCUAAGCCUCGCUUCCCUCCCUUCUUCAAUGAAGUGGAAAGUCUGAACACUUAGUAUAGUAGUCGGCAUUCUAUAAGCGACUUGUCGAGUCUACGAAGCUUUGCUUCUUGUAGUCGGCCCCUAAUGCCU